CAAACUGACCCAUGCCUUCAAGAUAAACCGGUUUACAGAGGAGUUCACCUAACUGCUCUUGGAAAGGCCCUUUCGAAGAUACACCCUAAGUGUGUGAUGUCAAGGAGUGGGCAGUCCUUGGGCCCUCCCCCACACUAUUGUAACGUCAUGUGCCAGUAUGAAUAUUAACACAGAAACACGUACUUCAGUACUCAGUAUCCAGAGAAGAAGAAAGGAGAAGCUAGACGUUGGGAACAAAUGACUGGAUUGCUUGCAAAACUUUGGGCAGCUAACUUCUUCAGAAAUACUCCAUUCCACCUAUUGUGAAACAGUUAAAAGAGCAGAACAGAAACAGCAUUUUUGGGUCUUUUUUUUUUUUUAAUUUAACUUUUUUCCCUUGGUGUUGGAUCUCAGACUCUCAUCCUCACUGAACACAAGCGCUGAACAUCAAUAUGUGUCAUGUCAUUGUAACAUGUCGCUCAAUGCUAUGGACGCUCCUGAGCAUUGUUGUGGCUUUUGCAGAGCUCAUAGCUUUCAUGAGUGCAGAUUGGCUGAUUGGCAAAGCCAAGCCUGUGAAUUCUGAGGAUACGGACAACAGGACUGGAGGGUCACAGGAGCCUUACCAUCCAACUUUGGGGAUCUAUGGGCGUUGCACCAGAAUCUCCCAUGUGCAGGUUUCCAGACGAGACACGCUUUGUGGCCCCUAUGCAGAGAACUUCAAUGAGAUUGCCAGUGGAUUCUGGCAGGCUACUGCUAUUUUCCUAGCUGUGGGAAUCAUGAUUCUCUGUGCUGUGGCAUUUGUGUCUGUCUUCACUAUGUGUGUGCAGAGUGUAAUGAAGAAAAGCAUUUUUAAUGUCUGUGGGCUGCUACAAGGGAUUGCAGGCCUCUUCCUUAUUUUAGGCUUGAUGCUGUACCCUGCAGGGUGGGGCUGCCAGAAGGCAGUAAGCUAUUGUGGACACUAUGCUUCUGCUUACAAACUUGGAGACUGCUCACUGGGCUGGGCCUUCUACACUGCUAUUGGUGGCACUAUUCUGACAUUCGUCUGCGCAGUCUUCUCAGCACAAGCUGAAAUCGCCACAUCCAGCGACAAAGUGCAAGAAGAAAUCGAGGAAGGGAAAAACCUGAUUUGCCUCCUUUAACAUUGGAAGAAAGCUGCCUGGGAAAUACUGACUUCAGUCCAGUUUCACUUUCAGACAACUAGAUAAAGGAUCUGCUGACUUGUAUUCACUAUUUGUGAUUGAGCCCCAGGCAUUCUAGCCUUGAACUAACUGAAACAGUAUGUCUUCAUUUGCUGGGCAAUGAGGAGCAGAAGAUGAGGAUCCCAAGCAAAGAGAAUGUAGAUCCCUAGAAAUUUUGGAGCUUGAAUACUCUACCAGGACUCAGCAACAUAUGCGUAAUUCUAAGGGGAGGGAGAACCUUGUAUCUCAUGAAUAAACCUCGUUAUAGAGCCGA